GCUCUUGAUUUCCUGCAAGGGGAGUGGACCAAUGCACAGAAAGCCGGCGAGACCUACGUCGUCGCUGGCGCGACCAUCCGCAUCGACAACGCAAAGGGGUCUCGGACCUUCCAGAACUGGCUCGUCUGGGAGGAGAGAUGGCACACUUUCAAGUGGGGCAAGUCGGGACGCUACUACCUCGACAAAUUCAGACCCCACGACAAGGAAGUGCAGUGGACGUUCUACGGCACAAACGGCGGCGGCAAGUCAUUCCGAUGGAAGCGCGACGAAAGCCCUACGACGAGAAAUGAACAGAGCCAGGAGACCGAAUCCGUGCGGACAACAGGGCCCGCACAGAAUGGAGCGGAGGUCUUAGCCCUGGCGCCACGUCCGAAGCCCCGGCCGAAAAGAAAGGCUGAGCGGCCAGCUGAGGAGACGGCGGAGGAGGACUCCGCGGCCCAGGCCGAGCUGGCCGAGCUGGAGCCCCAAGAGACCGAAGAGACCGAGCUGGCGGCCGAGGCGGCCGAAGGAGACGCUGACGUCAUCGACCUUGAGGGCGAGGAGGCCACGGCCACGGACGAUGUCGAAGCUCCCACUGCCGACCCGGAAGCUGCCGAAGCGGAAGUUACAGACACAGCGGCCGAAGAUGACGAUCUCCUCGGGGCAGAUCCAGGUUGGGAGAAGGAACGGUUGAUCGCAAGAAAGCUUCUCGCCCAGG